CUGUGUUAGUGUUUUGUGCUAACAUUUCUGUGGUAAAGUGUUUAAAUUGUUCUGUAAAAUGUCCUAUAUUCAGGAGAAAUGACCUCUCAAAGAGCAAAGGUGGUGCUCUCACUGGGUGCUGAAACAGUUUGCUCACUCAAAGAAGGAGUCAACUUCAAGAAAAACCCACAGGACGGGAAAUGUUACAUCAUAUUCAAGUCCGACAAUGGCUUCAAAGCGUGCAAGAACCAAUGCAAACACCAGGGAGGGAUGUUUAUCAAAGACAUCGAAGACCUGGGUGGCACGACUGUAAAGUGCACUAAGCACAACUGGAAGUUAAAUGUGUCCACAAUGAAAUAUGUGAAUCCACCAGACAGCUUUUUGCAAGAUGAGCUUGAGGUAGAGCUUUCUGAAGAUGGGGCCCUUCAGUUGAUUGAGUUGAGCCCCGUUGACCCCUGGCUGACUGACCCUCGAGACCCUCUGCAGCUCCAGGAUGGAGAGGUGAAAGUGACGUACCUGACCCACGCCUGCAUGGAGCUGAAGCUGGGACAGAGGCGGUUCAUGUUCGACCCGUGGCUGAAGGGUCCUGCAUUUGCCAGAGGCUGGUGGCUUCUCCAUGAGCCUCCAGCAGACUCCCUGGACAGACUGUGUGCAGCUGACCUCAUUUACAUCAGCCAUAUGCACUCCGACCACCUCAGUUACCCAACGCUGAAAGUCUUGUCAGAGCGGAGACCUGAUAUCCCAAUUUAUGUUGGUGACACAUCCAGACCGGUCUUUUGGUAUAUGGAGCAAAGCCAAGUCAAGCUGACAAACAUCCAUGUUGUUCCUUUUGGUGUCUGGAAUAAUAUUGACGAAGACCUGAGGUUUAUGAUCCUCAUGGAUGGAGUGCACCCUGAAAUGGACACUUGUAUCAUUGUUGAAUACAAAGGUCACAUGAUCCUGAACACUGUGGACUGCACGAGGCCAAACGGGGGAAGGUUACCACAAAAUGUGGACUUGAUGAUGAGCGACUUUGCUGGGGGGGCAUCUGGAUUCCCCAUGACUUUCUGUGGCGGGAAAUACAGUGACUCCUGGAAGGCAGAGUUUAUCAAGAACGAAAGGAAGAAGUUGCUGAAUUACAAAGCUCUGCUGGUGAAGUCCCUGCAGCCGGCAAUUUACUGCCCGUUCGCUGGUUUCUUUGUGGAGGCCCAUCCAUCAGACAGAUACAUCAGGGAAACAAAUGUUAAGAACAAUCCCGAGGACCUCAAUGCUCUCAUCAAUAAGUCUGCACCAGGCAUCAGGACAUGGACGCCCAAGCCAGGCGCUGUGCUGGACCUUGGCCUGGCUCUGAGAGACCCCACUAACAGUGGGGCCAUCAUCAAUCCCUCAGACAGUACCAAAAUCUACAAGGACAGUUGGGAUUUGGAUCUGUAUGUGGAUGAACUGAACAGAGCAAUCAGCAGUGAGAUAUUUAAACAUCAAAGCUGGACCCGGUUUUAUUACACCUGGGCAGGCUUCCAAAACUACAACCUUGUUGUGAGGAUGAUUGAGACAGAUGACGGCUUUGAGCCCCAUGCUGAUGGCAGUGACUACCUGGUGGACUUCUUGGAUCUGACGUUCCCCACAAAGAGACCUGCGCGGGAGCAUGCCUACAUAGAGAUUAAAAACAGGAUUGGUGUGAUGAGACACGUGGUACAGCAGGGUCUUCUCUGGGAUGAUCUGUACAUCGGCUUCCAGAACCGCAUUCACAGAGACCCGGAUGUCUACCACCACAAGUUCUGGAACCACUUCCAGACGCAGCUCCCAGUUCACAGGCCAGACUGGGACCAGUUCCUGCAGGAGAUUUCCCUCCAGCAGCCUGACACAGCAGCUGGGAGCCAAGGAGCUAAUUGUGUAAUGUCUUGAAAGACAGAAGUGUGUUCUGGGGAUUAUUUGUCUUCUAUUACUGGCCUGAAAUUUUUUUAAUGGGUUUGUCUAAUUUAAUCUAGAACUGGACAUAAUUUGUGUGCUACUCUGUAAUCAAUUAUCCAUGUAAGUAAGAAGAAGUCUAAUGUUUCUUUUGAUUGAUUAUAUCUUGUCAAGCAUUUGUAAACAUCUAGUAGGGAUCCUAUACUGUUUAAUCAGAAUCAGAAGCCAUUUAUUGCCACAUAUAUUACACAUAGAGGAAUUUGACUAUAAUAAAUGAGACCUGAGGUGUUUUAUGGCUAAUUACAUUCUCAGGAAAUGAAGGAUUUUUAUUUUUAAAUUGGGGAUUGGAGUGUGAUUUUUCUGAAAUGAUUUUGUUGGGGGAGAAUUUGGUGAACGGCAUAUGGUGAGAUUCUCAGGAUUGUGGAGUGACCUUUUUUGGGAAACCUGUGACAUGUCCGAGUUUACAAUAGCCUCCUGUCUAAACAGAGGGGCCAACGGAUGCCUUGACUGAUCUAUAUCCAGUUAUGUUACCUGUUUUGUGUUGGUGAUUGACUUGGCGCCAGUAACGGCAUAGAACACAUGUCCCCCCUCUCCCUUGUGCCAGAUCUUCCUGCUCCUCCGAGGCAGAAGGAACAAUGUUUCCCCUUUCAGCUGAAUUGUAGUCAUUUGACUUCUGUCUGUACUUACGGCUUGUGUUAAUUUCUGUAUUCUUUUUCAUUUUUCUAUAUUCCAGUUAGUAAUAAAUACUUAAUCAUAAAGCGAGUUCAAGAUACUUUUGAUUUCUCACAAGGCUUCAAUCCACAAAUUUCCACCAGAUUUGAGUUCAUAAUUCUCCUAGUCUAGUUUUAUUGAAAGGGGAUAUAGGUUAUAUGUUUUUUGUAUAAUGUAUAAUCAAUCAUUUAUGUAUUCAGUAGCUUCAGUAAUAAAUUUAAUGAUUAAUCACUUACUUUUUGUCUUAAUUGCUUAUAUUCUCAAAUGUAC